AUUGCUUUAAACUCUCUCUCUCUCUCUCUCUCUCUCUCUGUCUCUCUGUCUCUUCUCUCUCUCCCUUCUUCAAUCUCCUUCUUUCUUACGCGUCUUCAUUUCCACACACACACACACACACAAACACUACCCUAUUCUCUCUCUAAACAUUGCUAUUAGGACCAGACCAAGACGGUGGUUAUUGCCUUCUUAAAGAAUCAAAUCAAAAUCACCCAACAUUCAACUCUUUCAACACACACACUUUUCUUAUCUUCCCCGAAAAAAAAAACAUUUUUUUUUUAGUUUCAAUUAUCAAUUACAAAAAAGGGGUUUAAUUUUGGAUCCGUUUAUAUUUAUGGGUUUUUGUUCAACAAUGCAAAAAUUGGAUCUUUAUGUGAAUUAAGUUACUGGGGUUUUUUGAUUUGAAGAAGAAAGAGUAACUAAGUAGUACAAGUGUUCUUGAGUUGUGAGUGUCAGUGAUGCAUACCGGUGGUAGACUCAUUGCUGGUUCUCACAACAGGAAUGAGUUUGUGCUUAUCAAUGCCGAAGAAAAUGGAAGGAUUAAGUCGGUUCGUGAACUGAGUGGACAGAUAUGUCAGAUUUGUGGAGAUGAGAUUGAGGUUACUGUGGAUGGGGAGCCCUUUGUUGCUUGCAAUGAGUGUGCUUUCCCUGUUUGUCGGCCUUGUUACGAGUACGAGCGAAAAGAAGGGAAUCAAGCCUGCCCUCAGUGCAAGACCAGAUACAAACGCCUCAAAGGUAGUCCAAGGGUCGAAGGUGAUGAAGAAGAGGAUGGUAUUGACGACAUAGACAAUGAGUUUGAUUAUGAUCUUGAUGAUUUUGGCCAGCCACAACAUCCAGAUUCAGUGUUUUCUGGGCGCCUUAACACCGGCCGUGGUUCUAAUACCAAUAUAUCUGGCGCAAAUUCAGAACAUGGAUCACCUCCUCUCAAUUCUGAAAUCCCGCUCCUGACUUAUGGGGAGGAGGAUCCUGAGAUAUCUUCUGAUAGACAUGCUUUAAUUGUUCCACCAUAUAUGAAUCAUGGAAACCGAGUCCAUCCCAUGCCUUAUACUGAUCCAUCUACUCCAUGUAAGUCUUGUAUAAUUGUUUAUAUUGCAUUUUUUCACGUUUCGUACUAUCUUUAUAUAUUGUCUCACAUUUGUGCUUCUUUUGCCAUAGUGCAACCAAGACCGAUGGUUCCCAAGAAAGACAUUGCAGUAUAUGGAUAUGGAAGUGUAGCUUGGAAAGACCGAAUGGAGGAAUGGAAGAAAAGGCAGAGUGACAAACUUCAGGUGGUGAAACACGAAGGGGAUAGCAAUGAUGGAAGUUAUGACCUGGACGACCCUGAUUUGCCCAUGAUGGACGAAGGAAGACAGCCACUUUCUCGGAAACUACCUGUCCCUUCAAGCAAGAUAAAUCCGUACAGGAUUAUUAUAGUUCUCCGUCUUGUAAUCCUCGGGCUUUUUUUUCAUUAUAGAAUUCUCCACCCAGUUAACGAUGCAUAUGGCUUGUGGCUGACAUCAGUCAUCUGUGAAAUAUGGUUUGCUGUAUCUUGGAUAAUGGAUCAAUUUCCAAAAUGGUACCCGAUAACGCGAGAAACAUACCUUGACCGUCUAUCGCUGAGGUAUGAGAAAGAAGGGAAACCAUCUGGAUUGUCAAGUGUGGACGUCUUUGUGAGUACUGUUGAUCCUAUGAAAGAACCUCCACUGAUUACAGCAAACACUGUUCUAUCUAUCCUUGCUGUUGAUUACCCGGUCGAUAAAGUUGCUUGCUAUGUCUCUGAUGAUGGUGCUGCCAUGCUCACUUUUGAAGGACUUUCUGAAACAUCUGAAUUUGCAAGGAAAUGGGUUCCGUUUGUUAAGAAAUAUAAUAUUGAGCCCCGUGCCCCUGAAUGGUAUUUCGGGCAGAAGAUGGAUUAUCUGAAAAAUAAAGUCCACCCGGCAUUUGUUAGGGAAAGGAGAGCAAUGAAGAGAGAUUAUGAAGAAUUUAAGGUGAGGAUCAACAGUCUGGUGGCAACAGCACAAAAGGUUCCUGAGGAUGGAUGGACCAUGCAAGAUGGGACACCAUGGCCUGGAAAUGAUGUGAGGGAUCAUCCCGGCAUGAUUCAGGUCUUCCUUGGUCACGAUGGUGUUCGUGAUGUUGAGGGAAAUGAGUUACCUCGCUUGGUUUAUGUUUCUCGUGAAAAAAGGCCAGGGUUUGAUCACCACAAAAAGGCUGGUGCUAUGAAUUCUCUGGUACGGGCGUCGGCAAUUAUCACAAAUGCACCAUAUAUUCUGAAUGUUGAUUGUGAUCACUACAUUAACAAUAGCAAAGCACUUAGAGAAGCCAUGUGUUUUAUGAUGGACCCUCAACUUGGGAAGAAGAUCUGCUAUGUACAAUUUCCUCAAAGAUUUGAUGGAAUUGAUAGACAUGAUAGAUACUCAAACAGAAAUGUUGUAUUUUUUGAUAUAAACAUGAAAGGAUUGGAUGGAUUACAAGGUCCGAUUUAUGUCGGAACUGGAUGUGUCUUCAGAAGGUAUGCGCUUUAUGGAUAUGAUGCACCUGUCAAGAAGAAGGCCCCAAGCAAAACCUGCAACUGUUUGCCAAAAUGGUGCUGCUGGUGCUGUGGCUCUAGAAAGAAAAAGAAUCUCAACAAUAAGAAAGAUAAAAAGAAGAAGGUGAAGCACAGCGAAGCAUCAAAGCAGAUACACGCACUUGAAAAUAUUGAGGCAGGGAACUCAGGGAACGCAGGGAAUGCUGGGAACGAAGGAGCCAUCGUUGAGAAACCACCCAAUUUGACUCAAUUGAAAUUGGAGAAGAGGUUUGGACAAUCUCCAGUGUUUGUAGCCUCUACACUUUUGGAUGAUGGUGGAAUUCCACAAGGAGUGAGUCCUGCGUCGCUUUUAAAAGAAGCCAUUCAAGUUAUCAGUUGCGGUUAUGAAGACAAAACCGACUGGGGAAAAGAGGUUGGAUGGAUCUAUGGUUCGGUGACAGAAGAUAUCUUGACUGGAUUCAAAAUGCACUGCCAUGGUUGGCGGUCUGUGUAUUGCAUCCCUAAGCGACCUGCAUUCAAGGGGUCAGCACCCAUCAAUCUUUCAGAUCGUCUACAUCAAGUUCUUCGUUGGGCUCUUGGUUCCGUUGAGAUCUUUUUCAGCAAACAUUGUCCAAUCUGGUACGGGUAUGGUGGUGGAUUGAAGUUUUUGGAACGAUUUUCCUACAUAAAUUCAGUCGUAUAUCCAUGGACUUCCCUUCCAUUGAUCACCUAUUGUACUCUACCGGCCAUAUGUCUUCUCACUGGAAAAUUUAUUGUUCCUGAGAUAAGCAACUAUGCAAGUCUUGUGUUCAUGGCCCUCUUCAUAUCCAUUGCUGCAACCGGUAUCCUUGAGAUGCAAUGGGGUGGUGUUGGAAUAGAUGAUUGGUGGAGGAAUGAACAAUUUUGGGUGAUUGGAGGUGCUUCGUCACAUCUUUUUGCCCUUUUCCAAGGUUUACUCAAGGUUUUAGCUGGUGUUGACACAAACUUCACCGUUACAUCAAAAGCAGCCGAUGAUGGAGAGUUCUCGGAGCUCUACAUCUUCAAGUGGACCACACUGUUAAUCCCUCCAAUGACAUUAUUGAUCAUGAAUAUCGUUGGUGUGAUUGUCGGUGUCUCCGAUGCUAUCAAUAAUGGUUAUGACUCAUGGGGACCUCUAUUCGGUAGAUUAUUCUUCGCCCUUUGGGUCAUCAUACAUCUUUAUCCAUUCCUCAAGGGUUUGCUUGGGAAACAAGAUAGGAUGCCUACCAUCGUAUUGGUGUGGUCAAUCCUUCUAGCUUCUAUCUUAACUCUCUUAUGGGUUAGAGUGAACCCUUUUGUGUCAAGAGAUGGUCCUGUCUUAGAAAUUUGUGGAUUGAAUUGUGAUGAUACAUGAAUAAAUAAAAGCUGAAUGAGGUGUUUUUGAAGAAGCAAUCAAUGUAUUGAAUAUGGCACGCUUCACAUCACAUCGCAAAGAACAAAAAGUUAUUGCACGAAUUUUUGGAUGGAAGUUGUAUUUUUCGGGUGUGUAGAUACAGAGGAAAGAAAGGAAAAGGAAGGAAGGAGGAGGGAGUUUGACACAUUGUUACCUGUAAUAGAGGUUUUUUUUUCCAUUUAUUCUUUGAUUAUAUUUUCUGUGAUUUUCAAGUGUUGUUGUUAUUCUCUUUUUCUAGUUGUUUAUUUCAUGUAUUCUUAUAUAAGAAAGAGGCAUUGAAUGAUAUAUAUAAGUUAUUCCCUCUUCAAAACAGAGGGACCAACAGUCUCAAGAAUUAGUGGUCAUGUUUUAAGGUAUGGUUUUUUGUUUAAACCUUUGUGACAUGAGAUUUCUUCCUCAUUUGUAAUACCAUCAGCUAUGGAUAUUCUUGUUCCUCA